CCCGUCAAGAUAUGAUGAUGUGAUACAUCAGGAUACAGUAUAAAGCGAGCACGCGAUGGCUUGGAAAGAAUUGAAACUGCUCGCCCACAACUGGAAUCAUUAGCGAAUGAUUCAUUUUCCCGUCAGCCCUGAAGAACUAUAAAAAGGUAACUCAUCAGUCAGUCCUCGAAAUUCUUCGCCUAGAUCUUCAUCUUUAACCCGUUUCUUUCUGACAAGGGACAGAGUACACGUAGCAGGGAGCUACAAUUGCACCGUAUAGCCAUAAGGAUGGGGACAAGUGUUAUGAUCAACAACGUUGUUGAACAACCGGUUGCUGGACGGCGUGGAUGGCGGGGACUGAUCAACGUGACAUGCCAAGCUACCCAAACGGAGAAGGCACCGAUAAACAUAGCCAAUCACGAUUUUAUACAGAUCGACCAUGAAGGGGUGAUUCCGAAUUUAUUGUAAGUCCUUUGUGAACGUUCAUCAUCCCCCUUCCCAUUGAACCACUUUCACACAAAGGUUGGAAAGUCUCAAAACCUCUUUCCUACUUUCAACACACGACUCAUCGUUCCACACCGGUCAUCAACAAGAAAACCAUCCGUUGCCACCGUCGACGGUGACAGCGGCGGUCCACCUUCACUCUGACAAUCCUGAAGCUCAACCUGAACACCGUUCUUCACCACUUGGUAUGGAACGAAAUGGGGUAAUCAAGCGCAAAAACGUUGAUAUCGGAGUGGAGGCUCCUUUGGUAUGGGAUUGGGACGUGGAACAGAAAGAUCGACAACGAGAAGCCAAGAUGGAUGCUUCAGUGCAUGGAGCCAUACCAUUUGAGGUCGACCGCAAAAUCUUAAAGGAUGUAGUGCGCGAGAAGAUGGGCAUAGAGGUGGGUAGAAUUGAGUUUAUCAGCUCUGGGACAUUUCACAAGGCCUAUUUCGUUACCCUUACGAACAAAGUCCAACUUGUGGCUCGCGUUGCUCGUCGAUUCAUGCCUCGGCUGAAAACCGAGUCGGAGGUUGCUACUCUGCGAUACCUACGAGACAAGACCAACGUUCCAGUCCCGACCGUUCUUCACUACGAUUCAAACCCGUUCAAUCGACUGGGCGGCGAAUACAUUCUGAUGACCAAAGCAGAAGGUGUUCCUCUCUCGAAGCUCUACCAUUCCAUGCCGUAUACAGAUCUAGUGAAACUCCUUCAAAACGUUGCAAGGAUCAUUAUUCCUUUAUUCUCUCAUCGUUUUUCCUCCUUGGGAUCCUUAUAUCUUGGACCCGAUCCUAGUGCGAGCACAAGCGCCGUGCCCACUCCAAAGGCCAUUCAGACGCAUUAUACCGCUUUCCCGUUCUCUGCUACACUCGGUAUGACAAUGAUGUCUUCCCGCACCUCUACUCCCACCGCUGCCACUCCUGGUAAUCUAUCCCGAGUUCCCUCCACGUCAGGGGGAGUACUCAGCGAUUCAACCGAAUUCCACGUAGGACCUAUCAUCUCUUGGGCGUUUUUUGGAUCCAAUCGCGGGGAGCUUUCUCAUCCCAAUGAAAUCAAUCGCGGACCGUGGUCAACAAGUAAAACCUACUUCGACUCGUGCGUUGAACGUGAAAUAAAAGGGGUCAUAAGCGAAAACGAGGGUAAAUCUGCUCCACAUAAACUACACCUCGAUCCGGACGAAAUCAUCUCUUCCCGUCACCACCAUUUGCAAGCUAUUUCGGACGAUCAGAGUGAUGACAGCGAUGAGUGGGAUUUGGAGGAGAGCGAGGACGAGUGGGAAGGUCCUGGUCCUGCUAUGUAUCGGGACUACAGGAGAAUGCAAAGGACGACGUUUUUAUUCACUGCUUUGCAGGAGAAGGAGGAUUGUGUCAAAAAGGAGAUGGCCAGGUGGUUGAACUUGAUGGACGAGCUUAUAAAGCAACAGGAGGAGCUCAAGAGCAAGGAAGGGCAUGCGGUUAUACAAUCACGCACCGGAAAGGAAGUUGAAGAAUUCGGAUUCGACUGCCAUGACUUGAGUCUCGAGAAUGUCUUUGUAGAUGAGGAAGAUCCAACCAAAAUCACGUGUAUAAUUGACUGGGAAUCGACGACUACGAGGCCGCUCUGGCAGUGCGCGCAUCUUCCGGCAUUCCUUCAAUCCAGUCCUUUCACCGCCAAACUCUUCCGAGAAGUUCUGAUCAAGAUGGCUUCCGAAGCCUCGCAUACGCCGGCAGCACCCGUUACCACUCUGAAACCUGACUCCUCUUCGAAGAAGAAUCCCGAAAGUGACUUUGCAUCACUCGCUCACGAGUGGCUGUUCUACGAAGCGGCCGGGAGGCGAUUACGCAUGGCCCAUCGAUUUGUGGAAUGGGAUGGAUGGGAAGAAGGCUUGGCGGAAAGCAUGCUCGGCGCUGAAGAGUUUGAGGAAGAUUGGUUCAAGGAGGCCGACAUGAACCAGGAUUCGCCUCCUUUAAGCCCGCUUCCCGAGGUUAAUGUUGAUGGUGGAGAUGAUGUCAAUGCGAUAUUGAUGAGUGAACGAGUUUAUGACGCUGUUCAUGUUGGUAUUAACGGCAAUGGAGUGGAAGUGGAUUCGGAAGAUGGAAAGGGUCCAACCUCAUCUUCUUCGUCUGAGGACGGUGGCCUCGGGAGAAGACUUUCGACCUCUAGCUCUGGUAAGGGUGUAGACGCCCCUGCAGUCUCUCUCGCGCGACGGAAAGCCUCCUCAAAAAUUCCUGUGAUUGCACGAGAAACCGAAAAGGAGAAUACGCUUGAUACGACAGGGGACAUUUGCGGUGGACGCGGUGGCGAACUGGGGCGACGAUUGGAAGCUUGGUUGACUGUGAGUGGUCACCUUGCUGUCCUUAAUUCGGAAAAAGAGUCGUGAUAACCAAGAAGUUCAACGAGUGAUUGAGAGUUAGUCUCUUAGUGCCUGGCGAUGUUUAUUCGUAUACAUCCAUACCCUUCAUUUUCCUUCUCUGCAUUUUGUAUAUUUUACAUUGCUACCAGUUGGGGAUUCACACAUAGACUAUGAACCAGUUCACGAUAAUGUUCUUGUAAUUUUAGUACUCUACACAAUGAAAGUCACUUUUAAAACAGGC